AAUUUCCCCCACGCUGAUAUCCAGUGCCCGUCCGUGUACUUUUUAAAACAUGUCUAAUUAUCCCCCUACGCCUUCCUUCGAGGCAGCGUCCAACUACACGCAACCAUGGCCUCCUUCCCAAUCAUCUACAAUGCCAUCACUACUUCCGCCUAAUUUUCCUUUGCCUGCUGAUUUUGCCGCAUCCACAUCCCAUCAACCACAAGAUAACGCUGGACAUGGACAACCGUUUGAGUAUGAUAUGAGUGCAUUUCAAGCAAACUCUCGUAUCCCUGGCCUGGGAGGACUCGGUGGUGCUGGACAGCUACCGCCGCCGCCAUUUCCCUUCAUGCCCGCGAUGAAUGGUUCACAAUUUCCUCCGCCUCCAUUUCCCCCGAUUCAAAUGCCACCUUUGAGGUACCCACCGAUCCCUCUGCCAAGUGCUCCGAUCAACAUGCCGCAAAAUGGAUCCGCGAUGAACGAUGCCCCUCACACGAACACUGCGGUUGUGAAUGGGUUAGAUUUCCACGCUGCAAGCUCACAAAGUUCGAGAUUGGAUGGUGAUCGAGAGGAGGGUGAGCUAACGGAUAUGGAGGGUGGGAAAUCAGCAAAAUCGAAAAGUGAGAUGAAGUAUUCAAGACGGACCAACCAGAAGCAGGCAGCUUCAACACGUUCGUCCCAACGUGGUAAAGGUUCGCACGCGUCCAGGGCUUCCCACGGACAGAACACUUCCGAAAUGGAUUUGGACAUGCCACGGACAAAUACACAAAACUCGGUGAAGCCUGCUGCAAAGGCGUCCGGUAAAGCAAGCUCGGAUCUGGAAGAGGGCGAGGCUUCAUCAUCUGAAUCUAGCUCCUCAUCUAGAGCUAGUGGAUCCCCUUACAACCCUCCCAUGUCUAUUUCUGCCAAUUCACUUGCCCCUCAUGAACAACCAGGAGCACAGCGCGACGCGUCGAUACCGCCUCUCGAACAAGCCCCGCAGGAGCAGGCCCUGUCACAUUCACAUGAAUCCCACGAGAUCCCCGCUGUUAAAUCUCUUGCACAAUUACGAGUUCAAGCCCAAGGUGCCCUCCUCAGCCUAGCGCCGCACAACAUUCGAUAUUCGGAGCUGGUGGGCGAAGGUAUUAACCCAGCCGUGCUGAAACAACUAUAUGAGGAAGUUGGAAUCAAAGUGGCCACUCCACAACGCGAGCCAUCCCCAGAAGGCCCACCUCCCAAAUCAGCCGUCGUGCCGGAGGGUUUGUCUGGGUUGGAGCAUGAUCAACAAAACCCAUUAACCGCCAUACCGGAACCUGUAGGACAAAGGGCGCGGGCAGAAAUUCCAGGGCAUGCAAAGCAAGAGGCACAGCAGUCCAGGGUGAUAGAAACCAACGCCGUCGCCGUUCCAUCUACUACUCAACCAGACACGACCAAGCCUAUGGAAAGAAAGGAAGUGAUUGCACGUAUGCUGGCCGCUAAAGCUGCGAAAGCUUCUGGGUCCUCCGCUUCCCCUCAAACCGAUACUCCAAAACCACCGUCUGCCGCCCCUGCUGAAAUUCAGAACAUGGACAAACCAGCCUCGACUACUCCGAGCGAUGCAUCUGCAAAAGAGAAGGAAGCUCCCGCUCGAGAAAAAAACAAAGCCCAAACAGAGUUGGCAAGACAGCGGAUAGAACAGCUGAAAAAACAGGGGUUGAUGAGGGCCCAGCAACGGUCACAACCGGAUUCGUUUGCUCAAGAAAAGCCGCAGCCCGGCAUCGAAAUCAGUGAAGUUUCAGCGCCACCACCCGCUGAGCCUCUGGCAAUUCAGCAUCCCCUGCCUGAGCGCCCCCCUGAACCUGAGUCCGGUACCCCUGCCCGUAUACCAGGGCUUUUCAUGACGGAAUCAGAACCCAGCCCGCCUCGUGACUCUUUCGUUACACCUGCUCAAGGUAUUUCUCUCGAUUCGACGCCACAACCUCGAGCUUCCCAGCGUAAGCGUCCGAGGGCAUCUGAUUUUGAUGAGCCUGUCAAUGUGCCCACAUGGCCUUUUAGUCAGGGGGCGGAACCGCCUGUCCCAGAGGAUAAGCUCAUUAUAGAUAUCAGUGACGAUGAUGAGUUUUACGGCGAUGAUGAGAACGACGUCAUGGACAUGGACACAUCAGCGGAUCAAACCCCCCAAGAAUCAAGCCUGUCAGGGUUUGCUCGGGAGUUUAUCCCUCAGAAUCCGAUGAACCACCUCCUUUCUAAAUCCUCAACACCUCAAUAUUUAAGAAAUAGCGAACAGGAGGACCUUCGAAAGAAGGAGCUGGAAAUACAGCAAAUGCGGCGACAAAUUGCCGAGAUGGAGCAGCGGAAAAAAGCAAAGCUGACUGCAAGUGGCACGCAGUCGCCCUGUGUUUUGAAUUCUUCGGGCUCAUCACUGGCUGAGAAUUCAGUCGGGCCUGAUGUUGCAAUCACCAAUGGUGCAAUUGUGGGUCCUACAACUGCAGCUGAUUCUGAGGCUGAUAAUACGACUGCCGCCCCCAACAUUGUGCCAGCGAAUCAUGUCGCUCCGGCAAAUAAUAGAGAUGUCUCGACGGGCGUGUCUCAUCAACCGCUUGCUUCUCUAGAUGCUUCCCAGCUGCAGGAAAUACGAAUGAAGAUCUUGCGCAAGAAUGAGAUCCAAGCUGGCCUUCCCUCUCUGGAUGCUGAGAUAAGGAAAUCCCAGGCGAAGCUUGCCGAAUUCAAGCAAGAGGAAGGUAUCAUUUUACUUGAAAUUGCAAGGGGCCAAGAAGGUCGUCGGCAGCUUGUGGAAGAAUUGGAAAAUCUUGGUUACGAGAUCAAUGGCGUGUCUCUUGAAGAGCUCGACGCGGCUCAGCAUCAAUCAGAGAUCGCCGAUCCACAGCCCAUCUCAGAUGAAGCUACGACUAUUCCACCGCCUUCAUCCGUUCACAACCACAUAACACCGCAUGUUUCUGCGUUUCCGUCAAUAAGCCAGGAUGAAUCUGAUCCCAUUCAAGAUGCCGUUCCCGCUGGUUAUGCGCCUGAAGAUACAGUUGAACUUCCCUCGAGCCAGUCUCGCAAUGCCGACACAGGCGACGUCGAAUACGAAAAAGAACCAUCGCCUAGUUCGCUAUCUGAGUCCACCGGGUCGGCAAUGGACGAGUCUGAUGAUAGUUCUAGUGCCGAUUCCACCUCCGUUGCCCACGCGUCGAGGGAGAGUCCCGAACUAGCAGAACUCAGUGCGCCUGAACCCCUUGAACACUCUCAAGAAGCUGAUCAAGAGGAAGAGAAUGGUUCGGGCUCUGUGGACGGCUCCCAUUCCCUACCUGCGCGUCCACGGUUCCCAAAUGCUGAUUCUCAGGAUGAACUCCCCGAAUCCGACAGCCAAGCCGAACAAAUUCAACACACGUCCUCUCGUGAAUCUUCUCUUGAUUCGGAGGCGUAUGAACCACCCGAGCCCGAGCCUAAUCCCGGCUCACCGGAAUCCGUUGAAUCGAUUUAUACGCCCCCUUUGAGUCUAGCUUCUCCUGGUCCCGUAGAACACACUGAGGCUUCCAGGCCUCCAUUAGACCAGUUGCAAGCUGAUGAGCCGCUAACGGGAAAGGUCCAGGGAUUGGAAACUGGGUCGCAGAAUCAUGUUCAGCACGAGCGGCAACCAGAAGCGCCCGAGCGCAAAUUUACACCAUAUUCUAGCCCACUCAAAUACUUCAAGGCCUAUCGCUACCAUCCCGCCUACACUGAUGACGUUUCGGACGGCUAUCGUUCUCUAACAUAUAGCCACAACAUUGAUCCUAUGAAGUAUCUUUGUCCGUUUGAGGCUGCAGGUGGCGUCUGCAAUGACCGGUCCUGUGAAUUCCAACAUUUCCGUGACAUGACUCUUAGCGGUGCGUCGACCGACUUGAAACCAUCAACACCUUCAUCUGAUCCAUAUCUGUCCCCCAUUCGCAUGUCCCUCUGAUGCUUUAACCCACUCCAUCUGUUUACCCCCCUGCUCGACCUCACCCAGCAUAGUUCAAUUUACAUUGUAUGAAUGCUGACACGCAGUGUUAUUAACGUCUGCAGAUGACAAAAUUCUGGUCCAGAUGGGAUCCCUCCGAGAAGGCAAGAGCCCAGAAGAGAAGGACCACUAUAUUGCCG